AUGCCACAAAAUAGGAAACGAAGGGUGACGUACGGUAAAUCACCUUUGAACAGGCUUGAGCCAUAUACGCAGGGCUUAGGUGAUUCUGCCAGGGUAUCCACGUCUCGCGUUUCCUCAAUUAACGAGCCAGCAUCGUCAACAGCUCCUGUUCGAACGUCUCAGUCUUCCCGCCUGCCGAGGAGCUCAGUCAAUUCUCCGGCUGCUGGAGGGGAAGGCAAGGAUGAGGAUCAAGGAGACGAGCACGUCGUCAUGCCGCGAAAACGGAGGAAGUCGCUUCACGAAGAAGCCUACAUUGACCCUACUCUACGCCCGAUGAACUCGCAUGCGGCCGCGCCUGUGGGUGCGAGUCUAGGGAACGCCGGCCUGCGAAACAAUAUUAAUUCCCUUCCAAAUAACCCCCAUCUUGAUAACGCUUCGGGGGGUGGUGACUCUCCCCGAUCUCUGAGUCCAGACACCACGUUUGAAGCCAAAUCAAUCAACCUACCAGCGUAUUCUUACUGGCGUUCUGCCCGCCGACAAAAGCCAGCUUCUCAGCCUCGGGAUGAUCGUAAGAAUUCAAGUGGCUCUUUGAGUACAUCUCAGAAGCUCGACUCGGUUUCGCCGCGGAAAAGAUUGAUCGACUCGUUAGGUACUGCAGACAAUAGAGGCAGUGAGGCUUUUAUGCCAAUGUCCCAUUAUAUGCCUAAACCGCUCUACCCUUCUGAUGAGGCGAAUUCCACUUCAGCCCGCCGGCGUCUUGCUAGGAAAGCGUCCGAAUCCAGGACGUGUGACUCUGGGCACCUCCGAAGAAGCCCUCCCCCGCCCACACCUUCUUCAAUGUUGCGAUCUUCAGGAGUUACUUAUUCACGGCAGCGUUCAUUUUUGAAUGAUUCACUUACCUUGACCGAUUUCGAAAACCAUGAUGUAAUGAACUCCCACGAAUUCGAACCUAAAACAAAAUCUCUUAACAUAAGCUCUUCGCGCAUAUCUCCCGAAGAGGAUGACGCUCACGAUAGCAAACCCGUCCGUAGCAUCCACGAGCUUCGGCGGGCUGGGGACAAUGCCCGAUUUCGAGAGGUCAUUGACUCGAUUUUCGAAGACAUCGAAGACAGGUAUAAUUCAAAGUCCGGAACAUGUUGUGCCCUUGCCGAAUUGUGUGGCAAACUUUUGGAUUCCCAGUUUGUACAUCGUUUUUCCGAGCAAGGAUUUGACGAACGCCUGGUGAAUUGUACAUUAAACGAUUUGGAUUUAGUAUCUGCUUCUCUUGCUCUCAGUGCUCACAGGCUGAUAAUAGUCGGUGGCCAUACCUCUCGCGUUUUUUCCGACUCUUUGUGGGCAAGGAUCCUCGAGUUACCCACUGCAUUAUUGGAUACGGAAGAUGAUAUCCUUAUUUUAGCGCGAGGCCCUUCGAUUGGUCUUUCAAAGACAGCACAGGCAUCUAUCAGGGAUGUCCGGUCUCAUUUGUUGCCCGCCAUAGGUUCUCCUUCGCCAUGCCUGUCACCGCAAUUGCUAGCACUUGAGUGCAUCAAAUCCUCUCUGGUAGUUCUCCGGGAGCGCGGCCAUACCAUUCGCCCCUUCCCUACACUAUUGCUGGGCAAGUUGAUCGAUCUGGUUGCGGCAAAUGCCAUCAAAGAUCUAAAUUCCUCUGCACCAAAAGGCCAACUUCAGUUUUUGGACCGGGUGUUUCUGAUUCUCGAGAAUUACUCGGUAAUAUCAGGGCCAUUCGAUUACAAUCAUUGCCGAUGUUUCCGCCGUCUUGUUCAUUUUCAUCAAGUUUUAAUUUUAGAUCAUUGCGAUCGAAGACAGGUCUCGAUAUCCUAUAUUCGGGUGAUAUUAAAUAUUACUAACAAGGAGCCAACACUGUGCGAUAGUUUUGCAACCCCAGAUAUUGUCUGCGGACUCGCAAAUAUUGUCACUACAGAAUUCCGGGAUAUCUCCAGGGAACUUUGCGAUCAGGAUAAUGACACGCUGAAUGAGGUCAUUUUGGCGCUAGGAGCUCUCAUAAAUCUAGCGGAGAAGACCAAGCAGUCCAGAGCUAUACUUAUAAGUUCCAAUAACAGAGCAGUGUCUUUCUUCCAUCAACUUCUCGAGCAAUUCUCUGCCAGAGUUCGCACUAUGGACCAGGUGAGGAGACAAUUGUUACCUAUUGAUGUGCUCUGA